AAUGCAACUCUUCAGAUACUUGCCACGCACCCGACUGACCAGCCUAGCUGACUUCCAACAAUCUGCCUUCGUCCCCACUUCCUGGAAACAUUACUACUCGGCUACCUCGAACGAGAAGAUGUCGGAUCCCAACGCACAGUCGCAAGAGCAAGAAGAGAAGAAAGGAACACCUCUGGGCCUGCCCGAGCCUCCUGCAGGUGGCAUCAAACUCGACGUCGGAUCUGGAGAAGGUGUUGCGCUCGACCACCUCGGCCCCAUGGUCGUCAACAAAGAUGGCACAAUCUCGAGAAUCACAAAUUGGGACAAGAUGGCGGACAUUGAGAAGAAGAACACUAUGAGGAUUUUGCAGAAGAGAAACAAGCAACGUUUGGACGCCCUUAAGCAGGCUGGCGAGGAGGGUGCGUCAAAGUGAUCUCUCACAUACAGACUCGAUGCUGUCUUCGAGCCACAACCAUGCGCCCCUGCUACGAGGAAGAUCACUCGGCAAGGCACCACACCGGUCUUCGCUUUUGGAAAUGGAUGCUCUCCGCCUUGCGCAUGCAGGGACGCAUGCAUUUGCCAUGAACAUGAAUCUUCUCGGGCGCUGCCCAUGAGAUCCGGACCUUUUUCCCUCCAGCAUGGCUCUUUGAUGGGAUCCCACUUGCUGCGGACACUCAUCGUGUGGUCAAGAAACUCCCGCAGAUGAAGACAUAGUUGUUCCUCGCACAUAAAGCUGGCUACAAGACUAUACUAGUGCUACAGAGAUAGCAAGAUAGCAAGACAUCAUCAGCAGAACAAGAAAAGCAAAUCACCGACGCAAAUCAAACCUCACGGACAAGCUGCCUCG